AUGGGCUGUGCAUCAUCGCAUCUGUUAAACCAUGACGAAGAUUUCAGCCAAAUUGGCAGCUCAGCCUUGGGCCACCAUAUCGUGUCUCUCACUUCCACCACGUAUGGCCUCUUGACGCUUGAUCCAUCUUCCACCAAACCAACUGUCUCCCCAACCCCUCCAUCCCGUGUGACCCUCCUCUCGAUCUUUCCCACAGCAGUUUCAGAAUCCAGAUCCGAAGCACCACCUGAAGUCAUCAACUCUUGGGAGCUCAUGGCUGGUCUUGAUUCCACCAUUGAAAGCUUCCGUCUUUACUCACAACCCUCUAAACGACACACCCUCGUCGAUAAAGAAAACUCAAACCCAAACAAAACUCCAAGCUCUCAAGAAAACUGUAAUCAAGAUCAUCAAAACCCUAUUUUUAUCAAACCCAUAGUAUCUAAAGCCUCAUUUCUAGAUGAAUUCGAAGAGCUAUGCCCACCUAGAGGCGAAAAUAUGGUAGUGGUGUAUACAACAACAUUGAGAGGAGUACGGAAGACAUUUGAGGAAUGUAAUGCGGUGAGGACAGUGAUAGAAGGACAUGGGGUGUUUGUUUGCGAGAGAGAUAUAUCCAUGGAUCAAGGUUUUAGAGAAGAACUGAGAGAGCUAAUGAAGGGGAAAGACAGGAGCGAACUGGUGCCACCAAGGGUGUUUGUAAAGGGGAGAUACGUGGGUGGAGCUAAUGAGGUAUUGAAGACGAUGGAAGAAGGGUCGUUGGGCCUAUUGCUUGAAGGUUUGCCUAAAUCAAAAGCUGGGUAUGUGUGCGAAGGUUGUGGUGGCGUUAGAUUCUUGCCGUGUUUCAGUUGCAAUGGGAGUUGUAAGAUGACGAUGGAUUGGAGGAAAGAGGGGGGGACAAGGGCGGUGGUUCGAUGUGGUGAAUGUAAUGAGAAUGGACUGGUUCACUGCCCAAUUUGUAGCUGA